AUGGCCGCCGUGGCCGUUCUCCGCAACGACUCGCUGCAGGCUUUCCUCCAGGACCGCACCCCCAGCGCCUCCCCGGACCUGGGCAAACACUCGCCCCUGGCGCUGCUCGCCGCUACCUGUAGCCGCAUCGGCCAGCCGGGGGCUGCAGCGCCCCCGGAUUUCCUGCAGGUGCCCUACGACCCCGCGCUGGGCUCGCCCUCCCGUCUUUUCCAUCCUUGGACCGCCGACAUGCCGGCGCACUCGCCGGGCGCGCUGCCGCCCCCGCACCCCAGCUUGGGGCUGACGCCCCAGAAAACGCACCUGCAGCCGGCCUUCGGGGCGGCGCACGAGCUGCCGCUCACCCCACCCGCCGACCCGUCGUACCCUUACGAGUUCUCGCCGGUCAAAAUGCUGCCCUCGAGCAUGGCGGCGCUGCCCGCCAGCUGCGCGCCCGCCUAUGUGCCCUACGCCGCCCAAGCUGCGCUGCCCCCCGGCUACUCCAACCUGCUGCCGCCGCCGCCGCCCCCGCCGCCACCGCCGCCCGCGUGCCGCCAGCUCUCCCCCAACCCGCCCCCCGAGGAGCUCCCGUGGUGGAGCAUCCCGCAGCCGGGCGCCGGGCCCGGGACCCCGGGGAUGUCGGGGAACAGCCUCCCGGGCUCCUGCGCCGGGGCUCCCCACACCCCGCGCUUCCCCGCCUCGGCGGCCGCCGCCGCUGCCGCCGCCGCCGCCGCCGCCCUGCAGCGGGGCCUGGUGCUCGGCCCGUCGGACUUCGCGCAGUACCAGAGCCAGAUCGCCGCGCUGCUGCAGACCAAGGCCCCCCUGGCGGCCACGGCCAGGAGGUGCCGCCGCUGUCGCUGCCCCAACUGCCAGGCGGCGGGCGGCGCCCCCGAGGCGGAACCGGGCAAGAAGAAGCAGCAUGUGUGCCACGUGCCGGGCUGCGGCAAGGUGUACGGCAAGACGUCGCACCUGAAGGCGCACCUGCGCUGGCACACGGGCGAGCGGCCCUUCGUGUGCAACUGGCUCUUCUGCGGCAAGAGCUUCACGCGCUCCGACGAGCUGCAGCGGCACCUGCGGACCCACACGGGCGAGAAGCGCUUCGCCUGUCCUGAGUGCGGCAAGCGCUUCAUGCGCAGCGACCACCUGGCCAAGCACGUCAAGACGCACCAGAACAAGAAACUCAAAGUGGCAGAGGCCGGGGUCAAGCGGGAGGACCCGCGGGACCUCUGAGUCCACCUGGAUUUUGCUCCUUUGCGUGAGGAGACGGCGCUGUGGGCCAUGGGGCUGCAGAGAUCCGGGGGGGACAGGCUGGUCUCCAGGUCACCCUGAGGAUGCUCCUGAGACUGGGACUCCGGAUUCUGGAGGGGCCUAGGAGGUAGGACUGAGACUAAGACAGUUUCCAGCUCUGGAGCCUCCUAGAUGGUCUGGGAGACU